AUGAAUCAGAAAGUACCGACAAUAGCUUGUGCAUGCUCGACUUCACGUUUUCGCCCAGUGCCACCGGCACCGGCUCCUCCAGUGCCACCGGCACCGGCUCCUCCAGUGCCACCGGCACCGGCUCCUCCAGUGCCACCGGCACCGGCUCCUCCAGUGCCACCGGCACCGGCUCCUCCAGUGCCACCGGCACCGGCUCCUGCAGUGCCAGCUGCCCCUCCUCCAGCGCCAGCUGUCCCGGAAUUCGGAGCGCAGGCCUGUAACAGAAUACAAUGUUAUGCCUGCGCUCCGAAUUCCGGGACAGCUGGCGCUGGAGGAGGGGCAGCUGGCACUGCAGGAGCCGGUGCCGGUGGCACUGGAGGAGCCGGUGCCGGUGGCACUGGAGGAGCCGGUGCCGGUGGCACUGCAGCAGCCGGUGCCGGUGGCACUGGGCGAAAACGUGAAGUCGAGCAUGCACAAGCUAUUGUCGGUACUAAAGCCAACUUCAAUUGA